CGUGCUUUUUUCAUUGUUGACUAUUCAGUUUCGUCCUAUUCACAGGAUUCUCUCUCGCGCGCGAGGCAGUUUCACGCUCCACCAAGCAAGACACGAGACGGAGGCGAAUUCGUCUCGCCUCUUCGCGCCUUUUCUCUCCCGCUGGAGGCGAGGAACCCGACCCCUGACCGUUGAAUACGCUCUGGGAGCCGCUGCAGACAACCCCGAUCGUCUGCUGGACUGAGUGGUCAAUAGUGUGUAUUCACUCCCUCGAGGCCACCCCCUUCCCCCGGUCGUUGUUCCUGCGUUAGUCGUUCCAAUCUGCGGUUUCGAGCGUUGCCCUACUCUUUGGUAAAUGGCCUUGAGAGCACCACUACAUCAGCCACCAACCCUCUCGCAGCAUCUUGGAAUCAUGUCGGAUUCUGUUUCAACAACUGCCUCCACUCCGAGUGUUGCCACUCGGUCGGGUGGGCUAAAAGUCGAUUCUAGCAAGAAAAACGACCUCAAUCCGCCACAGCCGUCCACUGCCGGCAGUCUUGUCAAGGGCAAGAGCGCCAAUGCGAUGACGACGACGACGACUGCGCCCGUGCCUGCGCCAUUAGUCCUGUCCGCUGAUACAGACAUGCCGGAAGGCUUUGACAUGCUUCAGUCCACGCCGCUUGCGACCUUGAGCGCAACGACCAUGGCGAGUCUCCUCCAGGAGAAUGCCGACACGCCCAACUCGAUGGGUCUGGGCACCUUUUUCGGAAUGGACGACGCGUCGCAGCAAUCGCAGCUGCAAGAGCAGCUGCAGCUGCAGCGUCAGCAGUUGAUGCAGAUGCGCCCCGGCAGCGGCAUUGACGACUUGGAUCUUCACGUGGACUUUGGCCCUGGAAACUCAUUCUCUGGGCAGGCGUUCGCGGAUAUUCGCCGCCCUUCCUCGGUCGCGUCGUUUCAGAGCAAUCCGGCAUCGCUGCACCAUGGAUCCGUCCACGGCAUCCCGCCGUCGUCCAACGACUUGUUGUACGACAUGUCAAACUUGCCCUCGCACAACUAUCCCGUGUUGCCGACGGAACCGUCCCAGAGUGUUUUCAUCUCGAACAUGCUCCGGAUGAUGUUGGCUCGGCCAACCACGACCAACCCACACUCGACUCAAAAAUACUCCUUUAUCUUGGAUGCACCGACAUCCAUUGCUCAAAAACUCGAGGAAGGAACCCUGACGUAUGUGAAUAAGGGGCAAGCCUACGCCGUCACAUUCGAAGGCAUGCGUGGACGCCGUGGGAGCGCUGGUGAGCUGCCGCACACGGUCAAGUCCAUCAUUCAUCUUGUCUUUCACGAUGAGCACGACCAAAAGAACGAGCGUGGUCUUUGGGAGUAUUGGCGCUGGCAGCAACCACCCACCUUGCGCGCGAUGGAAGUUGACCGCAAAACUUGCUCGGGCCUUACAGACAUUAACGAACUCGCUUUUAACGCGUUCGAGUUCAAGUGGAAUCCGCGGGAAGGUGGCAAGAUUGUGGUGCGAGUGAAUUGCCUCAGUACCGAGUUUUCUACACAGAAGGGCGUCAAAGGCAUGCCCUUGCGCAUUCAGAUCGAUACGUAUGAAAACGUGACCGAGCCGUACGAAACAUCCAUGCCUGUUAGCCGUGACUAUUGCCAGAUCAAAGUCUUCCGCGACAAAGGAUCUGAGCGCAAGAGCAAGGACGAGGCCAAGAGCGCAGAAAAAAAACUGUUGAAAAUUUUGAAACAGCACGAACUCAAGUACGGUGAACGUGCUUCCGAGUACCCUGUGGACUUUCCCUUCUGUCCUCCUUUCAACGCCACCCUGCUCGUUCCGUCGUCCAAGCUGUGGCCCAAACCCGCGCUGUUGCCAUCAAAGCCCCAGGCUCCAGGUGGCUCCACCGAGUCUGGCGGCACGAACACUGCGGGCGGAACGGGGUCGCUGUCGACGUCUUCCGGCGCCGGUUCGUCUGGCACUCUGACGGCUGCGCACACUGGUGCGCCGCGCACGGCGCAUCCUUCGAAUGCCUCGUCGUCUUCGCACGACGUUUCCAACUUUUUGCAGCCUCACAGCAUGGUGUCACCCAGCUCCACGCCAACGUCAGCACCGACCUCGCCUGGCGGCAAUGUCUUGAGCGGUGUUCACACUGGUUUGACUUCCAAAAAGCGAUCUGCCUCCUCGGCCUCGCUCGUUGACCAUGCCGCAGAGUCACACACGGUCACAUCACUGCUCCCAGUUAUGGAUAAUGGCAUUGAGUUUAUGGUGCCUCGUACCAAAAUUGUGCGAGUUGUGUCCAAAAAGAAGGAGCCAGUGUUGACACUCUACCUUCGUCAAGAAGCGGAACGGUAUUUCCACUCAGUGUACCUGGACGCACUCACGGCGGACGAUUUGCGCGAUAAACUGGCCGAUCUGCUCAAACUUCCGGCAGCAAGCGUCCGAGAAAUUCUUCGGCGAACUGCUAAGGGCGUUUUGGUGCAGAUGGAUACGAAAUGUGUCGAGCAUCUGGAGAACGAGGAUGACUUUAUCGUCGCCGUCGAGCUCCAGACGGACGGGUGGUACCGGAUUGUGCUACGCUCUGGCUCAACCUAGUUUUUUUUUCUCUCUCUCUUAGUAAUCACGAUAAUCGUUUUUUUUUCUGUGCAAUUGCCUGUUUCUUUGCCAAAAUUUGAUGAACAGUAGGAUUGUUAUUAAAAGUUUUUGUUUUCCCGG